AUGGACAGCGCGGCCGGCAUCGCCGAGCAGGCCAAGCACCGCAGCCCGGCCGAGAUCGCCGAGCAGGCCAAGCACGAGGCCGAGGUGGAGCACCGCGUGGCCGAGAUGAAGCGCGAGGGCUUCUGGUCGCUGCGGCGCCUGCCCAAGGUGCCCGAGCCGGCGCGGCCCAAGGUGCACUGGGAUUACCUGUGCGAGGAGAUGCAGUGGCUGGCCGCCGACUUCGCCCAGGAGCGCCGCUGGAAGAGGGGCGUGGCCCGCAAGGUGGUGCGCAUGGUGCUGCGGCACCACGAGGAGCAGCGGCAGCGCUCGGAGCGCGCCAAGCGCGAGGAACAGGCCAAGCUGCGCCGCGUGGCCGCCGCCAUCGCCCGCGAGGUCCGGCACUUCUGGAGCAGCGUCGAGAAGCCCCAGGUUCUGGGCCGGCCUCGGGACCCUCCCCCGCCCUGGGGGCGCCGCGAGGAGGAUGAAGAGUUCCGGGCCGAGGAGGAGGAAGGUGAGGACGAGGAGGACACGAUCGCGGCCCAGGAGCGCCUCGAGGGCGACGUCGACCACCAGCAGGAGCUGGACGACCUGGCCAGGGAGGGUGCGCUGCCCAUGGAGGAGCUGCUGCAGCGUUACCGCGGCGCCUUCGCCGACUCCGACUGCGACUCGGGGCCCGGCGCCAGCAGCACGCGCUCAGGUGAGCCGGGCACGCGUGAACACGCGUGUGCGCACGUGAGCUCCGGCCCGGCCCCGCCCGCCGGCCCCGCCCCCAAGAAGGAGAUCAGCGACAUCGCGGCGGCCGCAGAGAGCCUGCAGCCCAAGGGGUACACACUGGCAACCACGCAGACCUCGGUGAUGCUCAACUGGGAGAUGGAGCUCAAGCGUUGGUGCCCCGGCUUCAAGAUCCUCACCUACUACGGCGCCCAGAAGGAGCGGCGCCUCAAGAGACAGGGCUGGACCAAGCCCAACGCGUUCCACGUGUGCAUCACCUCCUACAAGCUGGUGCUGCAGGACCACCAGGCGUUCCGCAGGAAGAACUGGAAGUACCUGAUCCUGGACGAGGCGCAGAACAUCAAGAACUUCAAAUCCCAGCGCUGGCAGUCCCUGCUCAACUUCAACAGCCAGCGGCGGCUGCUGCUGACGGGCACGCCGCUGCAGAACUCGCUGAUGGAGCUGUGGUCGCUGAUGCAUUUCCUGAUGCCGAGCGUCUUCCAGUCGCACCGGGAGUUCCGCGAGUGGUUCCACAACCCCCUGACGGGCAUGAUCGAGGGUAGCCAGGAGUACAACGAGAGCCUGGUGAAGAGACUACACAAGGUGCUGCGGCCGUUCCUGCUGCGCCGCCUCAAGGUGGACGUGGAGAAGCAGAUGCCCAAGAAGUACGAGCACGUGCUGCGGUGCCGCCUGUCCAAGCGCCAGCGCUUCCUCUACGACGACUUCAUGGGCCAGGCCAGCACCAAGGCCACGCUGGCCAGCGGGCACUUCAUGAGCGUGAUCAACGUGCUGAUGCAGCUGCGCAAGGUGUGCAACCACCCCGACCUGUUCGAGCCCCGCCCCGUCACCUCGCCGCUCGUCACACCUGGCCUCAGCCUGGGCGCCCCCGCGCUGGUGCUGCGGGCGCUGGAGCCGCACCCCUUCCAGGUGAGACACACCUGGGCAGGU